AGAGUCGUAGGACGUUCGUCUUUUCCUGAUUCCAUAUUUCUAAGGGGGAGAGAGAGAGAGCUGAUGGAAGUGAACAGGUACACCGGAUCUCUUUACUGGAACUUCAUAGCAUCCCUCCUUCCAGCUCUCUACUCAACCCUCAGCAAACUCUGGGUCGCAAACAUAGACUCCAAGCUCGUCGUCACAACUGACGUCUACACAUACAUCCAAACCCUAGCCGAAGUUCUCAACGAAGGGCUUCCUCGCACCGCAUGGCUCAUCAUAGGAGACAACACAAUCCGCUCCACCGCCUCCCGUCUCAGUCUCUCCUACACACCAAUCCUCUUCCAAAUCAUCUGUGGCACCAUCAUGACAGUAAUCCUCAUCGGUGCUUCAGACAAGUUCGCGGAUUCCUUCCUCCCAGUCGAAGUGAGAGAAAAGAGUUUAACAUACGUCCGCAUCUCCGCACCCGUCGCGCUACCGAGCGCGAUCCAAGUUGCUGUUUCCUCGUGCACGAGAGCGCUAGAUCAACCGGAUGUCUCGCUAGUCAUCAGUUCCAUCGGAUUCCUACUAAAUAUCAUCCUCGACCUACUUCUCAUCUCGAGAUUCCACGUCGGGGGUUUCAAGCCAACGAUCUUGAUGCAAGCUGGCAUCCGACUAUCCUGUGACUUCCUCUCCGCCCUCUCAGGACUGGGUUAUUUCUUCUUCCUCGCUCACACCAUGGGCAAGAAAGUGAGGAACCAGGACGCAGAGAAAAUCGGACCCCAGUUUGCGGCGCUCAAGAUCUUGCUUAGACCUGCGGUGUACACUUUCACCGAAACAGUCGUGAGAAAUGCAUUUUACCUCUGGCUCGUUGCGGUGAUCAUCAAUAUGGGCAAGACGUACGCUACAGCAUGGAGGGUUUUCAAUACGAUUCGAUGGGGUGUCGUGAUGGUUCCUGUGAAUACCCUUCAGGCUUCCGCGUUGAAGUUUGUGGGGCAUAGGUGGAGUGCGUGGCAUGCGAGGGUGGGUGCUGAGACUAGAAAUCCUGUUGCUACUUGGUUGGAUAUUAAAGGUAUAUCUUAUCUAAUUUCUCUCUAUCUCUUUUGUGAGAAUGGAGGACUUUGUGACUGGUAUUUGAUGGUGUAGAUAUCUCACGGCCAGCAGUCACCUCCGCUCUCCUCUCCUUAGCGGUCGAGAUACCAAUGUGCAUCUUCCUCUACAUCUGGGGAAUAAAACCCUUCGCCUUCUACCUCUCCGCAUCCCAAGAAGUCGCGGAAAUAACCCAGAAAAUGUGGCGCGUUCGUUUUCCCCCCAUCCCCUUCCUCUUCCUCCCCCCUUUCUCCCAAAAACUAACAAAACCACAGUACAUAGACUGGACAUACAUCUUCUACGCCCUCUCCACGCAACUCUCCGCCCUGCUUUUAGCCACCAUCCCUCGCUUCUAUCUCUACCAAUCCCUCGGGUCGAAUUUCCUCUGGAUGCUACCCUGGGCUAUCGUCAUGACCACAAGAAGGUUUGGGGAGGAGAGGGCGUGGGGUUUCUAUGCGGUGGUUUUUGGGGGC